GCACGGUCGCCUGCCUCCUCUCACCACGGCCGGUGCCGCAACAGUUUCCAUCCCACCCGAAAACAACGCAUCAUCCCCAAGCAACACCACGGAGAGAAAGAAGAAGAAAAACAAAAGGAAGAGCAGGCAGAGGAGGGGGGAGGGGCCGGAGGCAGAGGCGGAGGAAGACAACAACUACGAUGACAAAGAAGAGGAAGAAAUGGAGAACGCGGAGAACGAGCGGCGGCUGAUGGAGGGGUCGGGGGUCAACGGCGAGGUGAUUUCUCCCCUCCCCGCCCCCCGCCCUGUCCCUAUGCCUUCCCCGCGCGUGGUGGGCGAGGCUGGAGUGAGCACCAGCGUGACUGAGCCCCACGCCGUCCGCUCCAACUACAGCACGGUGGUCAGUUCUGCGCCGGCCAACACCAACGUCAGCCCCCACCGGAACCGGCCCCCGUCCAUCGAGGUCACCCGCGGCAACAAGGCCAGGGGCAAAGCUUCGAACCGCCGCCCCAUGCCCACCCCAAGCAAACACUAGUUGAGAUAAGAUUGGAUGAGAUAAUUUAAGAUAAAAUAAGAUAGGUUAAAAUAGGAUAAGAUAAGAUAGAAUAAGAUAAGACAGGAUAUGAUAAAAUAAGAUAAUAUGAGAGAGGAUAAAAUAGGACAAGAUAAGAUAGAAUAAGAAUAGACAGGAUA